GUCUGUCGUCUAUAUCGCUGGGUAAGAGGAAAUAUUAUUUUUAUUCCAGAGCAUGUAAAAAAUACUUUAGUCGAUUUUCAGUAGUUAUCGAAUGACUGGUACAAGUUGUUUCUGUUUCGAAAUGGUUAUUUAUAGAUAAAUAAGUUUCAAGAAAAGUAACAUUAAGAAAGAGACAUUAUGGAAUAAAACAUAUUAACGUACAUUUUUCUACAAUUUUUGAGUUUACGAGUUGGAAUAAAUUAAAAAAAUAUUCGUUUAUAUAUCUGAAAAAAGUGUGAAGAACAACUAUUUUUAAAAAUGCAUCUGUAUGUAAACGAAAAUCAGUGCUGUCGAUUAUCAGUGGAAUGAAAGAUUCGCCUACGUCAAUGGUGGUGUUAUUUAAUCAAAAAGGCUGCAAUGAAUUUUUAAAUGGUGAUUGGGUCACUAGACAUGGUAUCGUGAGAUCAGGGUUGCUCCAAGAUAAAGUGUCGUUUACAAACAGAAGAAACAAAAUAGGGCCUAGUACUGAACCUUGGGGCACUCCACAUUCUAUUGGCUUGCAAGAUGACAUCGUUGUAGUAACGCUUACAAGCUGACUGAAUAUAGCAUCAUUUGUGCAUGUGUUUCUUAAAAACUCAAAUUGAUCGGUAGUGUUUCCUAUGACUUCACCUAACAAAAUAACCUCUAAAAAUGAGGAAAAUUUUUAUCUUCUACAAGUACCGCAGAAGAUUGAUAACCUACUUAUUAUAUUGUAUAUUUUUACUAGUGAUAAUAAUAACAGUCCAUUGCCUUUUAUAUACUACAGAGAACAUACAUUGUUACCGCAUAAAGACUGAAGAUACUCUUCCCAAUAUAGCAAAUUAUAACCCCAAAAAAGGAAAGUCCAUAUUUUUUCACGAGACCUCCUGUAAAUCGUUUACCAAAGGCAAAAUAUGGAUAAAAUCUCGACAAGCUUGCGCCGUAGAAAGCGCAGCUAGAUUGAAUCCUACCUCAGAAGUUUAUCUGCUUUAUACGUCACCGAUGAAUUUUAAGUUCGAAGGAGAUGAAUCUGAUAGAUUCCUACAAGUUCUAUUGAGUUAUCCUAAUGUUAGAAUUUUGCAUUUAAAUUACGAAAAUUAUACAAAAGGAUCACCUGUUGAAAAUUUGUAUAGCUCAGGGAAGAUUGAGAACUCUUUACAUGUCGUCGCCCACGCCAGCGACGUGUUAAGGUAUCUAACUCUCUGGAAAUAUGGAGGAAUUUAUAUGGAUCUAGAUGUGAUAGUUCUAAGACCAUUGACGGAUCUGAAUAUAAAUUAUGCGGGGAUAGAAUCUACAUCAGUGGUGGCUUCCGGUGUCUUGAAUUUCGACGCUACAGGAAACGGUCACAAAUACGUAGAAGAUUGUUUGUUUGAUUUGAAAAGUAGUUUCGAUGGAAAAAAAUGGUCGACGAAUGGACCUGGUGUUAUAACAAGGUUGCUCCAUACGCUUUGCGGAUCCAAUACGACAGAUGAUAUGUUGGACAACGAAUGCGGAGGUUUUACCGCUUACCCUGCGAACGUAUUUUACCCAGUGCCUUGGCAGAAUUGGCGGAUGUAUUUCGAACAAGAAUUUCUAGACGCUGUGAUCAAUAUGACGCAAAAUAGUUUUACGAUCCAUAUGUGGAACAAGCUUAGUGAAGAAAUAAAAAUACCUGUUACCUCAAAAAAUAUACCUUAUUUAUAUUUUGCUAAGAAAUAUUGUCCUAAAAUUGUUAAUGAAUGUGAUGAAGUAUUUUAAGAUUGUUAAUUAUUUGAAGACAGAGCUGUUUAUCGAGUUAUAUUGUCGUUGCAUUUAAAUAAAUUUGUUAAAAAUGA